AUGGCCUCUCUAUCGCGUACCCUGCGACCCUUGAGUCGUACACUCGCCUCUGGGCUCACAACCUCGACGAGGACCAUUCCCACCCGUUCUCUUCAAUACACCACACGAGCAUUCUCUACAACGCCUGGCCGACGAAAUGUAGACCUGACCGAACUCACCCCGACACCAAUUACCCAUCUCUCCGAAACCGAAACCCUCAUGGCCGAGACAGUAUCCAAAUUCGCACAAGAACAGAUUGGACCCAAAGUACGAGACAUGGAUGAGGCGGAAGCAAUGGAUCCCGCGGUCGUUGAACAACUAUUCGAACAGGGAUUGAUGGGUAUCGAGAUUCCCGAAGAAUACGGCGGCUCCGGCAUGAAUUUCACAUCGGCAAUUAUCGCCAUUGAGGAGCUUGCUCGCGUUGACCCUAGUGUCAGUGUUUUGGUGGAUGUCCACAACACGCUGGUAAACACCGCGGUAAUGACAUACGGCAGCGCAGAGACACAGCGGAGAUGGCUACCACAAUUAGCCUCGGGUACAGUAGGCUCUUUUUGCUUAUCAGAGCCGGCUUCGGGCUCAGACGCAUUCGCGCUCCAGACCAAGGCUGAAAAGACAGCCGAUGGAUAUAAAAUCAAUGGAUCGAAAAUGUGGAUCACGAACUCCAUGGAAGCAGGAUUCUUCAUCGUCUUUGCCAACCUCGACCCUAGCAAAGGCUAUAAGGGCAUUACUGCAUUUAUUGUUGAGAAGGAUACACCUGGGUUCAGCAUUGCUAAGAAAGAGAAGAAGCUCGGAAUCCGCGCAAGCAGCACCUGCGUACUCAAUUUCGACGACGUCGAGAUUCCCAAGGCUAAUCUUCUCGGUGAGGAAGGUAAAGGAUACAAGAUUGCUAUUGGUAUUCUGAACGAAGGCCGUAUUGGAAUUGCAGCUCAAAUGACUGGUUUGGCUAUUGGCGCAUGGGAGAAUGCUGCAGGAUAUGUCUGGAAUGAUCGCAAGCAGUUCGGCCAAUUGAUUGGCAACUUCCAAGGUAUGCAGCAUCAAAUCGCACAGGCAUACACUGAAAUUGCGGCUGCACGUGCCUUGGUCUACAAUGCGGCACGCAAGAAGGAAGCCGGACAAAACUUUGUCAUGGACGCUGCCAUGGCUAAGCUCUACGCAUCUCAGGUUGCUGGACGAGUUGCCGGGUCUGCUGUGGAAUGGAUGGGUGGUAUGGGCUUUGUGCGUGAGGGUAUUGCAGAGAAGAUGUUCCGGGAUAGCAAGAUUGGUGCCAUUUACGAGGGAACCAGCAAUAUUCAACUGACGACGAUUGCUAAGCAAUUACAAGCUCAGUACACAAAGUAG